AUGAAGGGAUUACGAAACUUUGCCCCACUAUUGCUUCUGUUGCAAAUACAUACCUCGUGGUCAACACCAAUAUUGGAUGGCGGUGGUGCCAGUAGCAGCAGUGCGGUGGCCACAGCUACUGCGGGUGGUGGUGGUGUAGCAACGGCCACUGCAUCAGCCUCAUCAGCUUCAUCGGGUUUUGGUCCCAGUGCUUACGGAACGUAUUAUCCCACGUUAGUGCAACAAGUUCCCGUGCCUAUUGUCCAGACAUACCCUGUAGUUGCGGCUCCCAUUGGUGUUGGCGGUGCAUUUGGUGGAGCUGGUUUUGGUGGCGGCUUCAAACGUUAUCAUGAGACAUAUACAUUGAAAGGUCGUGGAUUCGGUGGAUUUGGUGGUUUUGGACAUGGCCUUGGUGGAGGUUUUGGUGGUGGCCGUUAUAAGGUUCAUUAUUCCAGUGGCGGUAUUGGUGCAUUUGGUGGAGCUGGUCUCAUUGGUGGAGGGGGUGCUAUUUUAGGUUAA